GCCUACUCUGCUCCGCUCCGCUUCCCCAGCCAUGGCGGCGGCAGCAGCUACUGCUGCGGGGCGGGAGAGGGCAGAGGGGGGAGGAGACGCCACCUCCCCUCCGCUGCCGCUACCCCCCCGUGGUCAGAGAGCAGAUGAUACUUUGGAUGAGGUAACAAGAAGAGAACUUUGUACUGACACAUUCUGUAAUGUUUGUGGGGCUGUGUUGCAGUUUGAAUCGCAAAGGAUUUCACACUAUGAGGGUAAAAGGCAUGCUCAAAAAGUCCGACUUUAUUUACAAAUGCGCAGUGAACAAGAGGAGGGACAGGAACCCAAUAAGCAGAAGAAACAAUACGUGAAUUUCCAGAUGGACCCAAAUGUGGACAAAAACACAUACUGCAGGCUCUGCAAUAUGAUCUUCACAUCCGCAAUUGUUGCUCAGUCCCACUACCUGGGAAAGAUCCACACCAAGAAACUGAAGCAGCUUUCAGGAGAUCAGGCUCAGCAGGCUACACAGAGCACUCAGCCAGAACCUGGUCUUUCUGUGACUCCAGCUCUGCCAGAGUCAACUGCUGAGAAGACCUCACAGGAGACUGAUGCUGAAGACCCAUCUUCAUCCUCUGGCAUAACACUGGAUCUGGAUGACCCAGAGAAGUAUUGUAAGCUCUGCUCAGCACCUUUUAACAACCCACUCAUGGCUCAUCAGCAUUAUGUGGGCAAGAAGCACAAGAGGAACGAAGCACGCAAGAAGCUGAUGGCCGAGAUAGGGAGCGAGGCAAUCCCUAUGGAAUCCAAGGCCAAUGCAGUUGGGGUUGGCAACUAUGUGUGCCCCAUAUGCAGCAUUAGCCUCACAUCCAUAGAAAUGUACCAGUCUCACAUGCAAGGAAAUAAGCAUCAGAUUAAAGAAACCAUGGUUGUCAAUCUAAUGAAGAACUCCAAGAAAACAUACAAUUCUUUCCAAGAUGAACUGGCAGAUUACAUUAAAGUGCAAAAAGCAAGAGGACUGGAACCAAAAACUAAUUUUAGGAAGCCAGAAGAGGAGUUUCAAAAUGAAGAGUUUGAAGCCAUCAAUGGUCAUGAGGAGGACUUUGCAUUUAACCAAGACCAGUUUUCCUAUGAUACUUAUGAACCAGAUCAGCAUUCCUUUUUUUUUUCAGAAAUGUGUGCACCUUCACAUUCUGUUGAAAACAGAUUGUCACAUUGGUCACCAGCUCAUGAGGACCUGCUAAAACUAGAAAAUGCUCCCAUGUCUCAAUGCAACACAGAAUGUUAUUCAAAAAAGCAGAUGUCUCACUUGACGACAUACAAAUUUGACAAUUGUGACCCAUCAUCUGCUGAAUCCAGUGAUGGCUGCAAGCCCGUGUCUGCAGAGAAUAGCUCUAGUUCUCAUAGAAGAAGCCGAAAGCUGCCAAAGCUGCACAAAAAAGAGAAAGGAUGUACCAGAGAGAGUGACGAGAAUCCUCAUCAACAGCUUCCAACACCCAAAAGAAAACAGCACAGUGAAGAAGAAACAGACUCGGGAAAGGACAGUGAGAACCAAAAGCGAAAGAAAGAUAACGCAAUUUCAGUGACUGAGUGGAAAUCAAAGCACAGUAAAGACAAAGGAAAUAAAGAGAGUUCUUCUGAAAAGGAGAGCAGGAGACACAAGAAGGAGAAAAAAAAGGCUGAAGCCCAUGGACCAACAGAGGAGGAAAUGCUCUGGGACGAGUCUAUCUUGGGAUUCUAACUGAGAUUUUUCUAAGUAACUUCAUGUUCAUUUGUAGUCUGAGCUAUGGUGCACUUCUAUGUUUCAAUUAGUGAUUAAUUUUUAAUUGGUCAUUCAGAAAGAAUGAGUGAUGGAUAUGACAGAUCUCUUUACAAAGCACCAGAGAAGAAUUUGAACUGGAAUUAAUACUCUCUGAAAGAUAGUGAUUUACAGUACUUUUCUAGAAAUGCCACAAAACACAUUACGAAGUUAGUAUGGAAUGUAAUUCCAACGGUAUUCAAAAGUGGGCAGGAUACAUAGUUAUGAAUUGUCUUCAGUCAUACCUGUAUCUGUGUUGUUAAAAGCUUUAUAUGGAAGUACUGAAUAUGAAAUAUUCAGAAGGGGCUAUGGAUUGUCCAAAUGCUUGUUAACAGGUUUUUUUUUUCCCCUAUCCAGUUCUGAAAGUUAAAAAAAAAAUGAAAUAACCCAUUAAACAUAUAAGGGAUCA